AUGGAAAGUUUUGCAUCUAAGGCAUCCAGUGAUAAACCGGAACUUGCAAAGGAAACGGAUAACUCAACCAGUAUUACAUUUGAUGAUGCUCUUUCGAUGAUAAAAUUUGGUAAGAUCAACUGCAUUCUCAUCAUAGUUGCGGGCACGAUUCUGACGGCGUUUAUGCUGGAAACUCUCGGUAUCAGUUACGUGAUUCCGGUAGCAGAAUGUGAUUUGCAUUUAUCGACCAAACAGAAGGGAAUGGUUAGUGCGAUAGGAUUUCUGGGAGUUAUCAUAAGUUCGCAUUUAUGGGGAUUUCUAGCGGAUACCAUGGGCCGCCGAAAAGUAAUUGCUCCAACGCUUUGUCUAACCUUCAUCACGACCACGCUUUCCAGUUUUGCGACCGACUUUUGGACAAUGACGAUGUUCCGUUUUUUAACGGGAUUUUUCAUUUCUGGAUCAUCGGCCACCGUUUAUGCAUACCUGGGGGAGUUUCAUAAUAAUCGUAACAGAUCUCGUGCAAUAAUGGGUGCUUCAUUCAUAUUUGGGAUCGGCUGUGUGCUGCUUCCUGCAAUCGCAUUCAUCGUUAUCAACCAAGAAUGGGAGAUCAUGAUUCCGUACAUACAAAUUGUUUACCGUCCGUGGCGCUUGUUCUUAGUCGUUUGCGGUUUACCGGGCUUAGUGAGUGGGUUGGCCUUGUAUUGGUUACCAGAAAGUCCAAAGUUCGAACUGUAUCAGGGCAAGCAGCGGCAAACAAUUAGCACCAUUCAAUGGAUGCACCGUAUGAACUCGGGUAAGGAUGUGUCGCGCUUACCGAUUAGUUCGAUCAUUGCAGACGAGGACGACAAACAGUUCGAACAACGGCAAGCGAUAUUGAGUGACUCCAAGGGUUUUCGAGCCAUCAUGCAACUUGUCUGGAAUCAGACGGCCCCACUCUUCAGGAAGCCAUAUUUGAGGACCUUAUUGAUUGUAUGUUUUCUUCAUUUUGGAACAUAUUUCAACACGCACGGAAUGUAUAUGUUCUUUCCGGAGAUACUGGAUAAGAUGGUCGAAACGCAUGCGGCUGGGAUCAGUAAUGUUACCCUGUGUUCUGUAGUUUACAAACAUAAUCCCAAUGUAAUGGUCGAAAUGGAAAUCCCAUCAACGGUGCUUGAGCGGGAAUGCAAACAAACGUUGGACGUCACUACAUACGAGCUUUCCUUCAUUCUGGAAGUGAUAAAUGCCUUUGGAUUUGCUUUGAUAGGAGUCAUUAUAAACGUGGUUGGUAAACUGGCCAUCAUGGUGUUUGUGUUCUUAGGUUGUGGUAUUUCAGGAGCAUUGAUAGCUAUCGUCGAUGUUCCAUUGGUCUCGAUGUGGCUCUACAUGAUUAUAACGAUGGCUGGCUUUAGCGGCAGUGUAAUCAAUGCGGUUAUCGUGGAUUCGUUUCCAACUAACUUACGAGCAAUGGCCGUGUGCAUAGCACUAAUGUUCGGUCGAUUAGGAGGAUUACUUGGAGCUAACAUGCUUGGGUUCAUGCUAGAUAGUCACUGCGAAUGGACCUUCGAGAUCUCAGGAUUUAUUUUGCUGGUCUGUGCAUUACUGGCUUUCUUUAUUCCGAACAUAAAUGCAUGUAAACCAAAAAGGAGUACAAUAAUGGAUGGACAAUAA